UGUCAAAUUUAAAUGUUCAAAACAGUUAAAGUAGUUUUAUAAACUUUGCAACAAUUUGCUUAAAAAUUCAUUAUUAACAUGUAUAAAAGAAAAUCUAAAACUCAGGCAUUGCAUCCAGUUAGUACUUCUCAAGGAAUAUCGAGUUCCUUAAAUAUUUCAAAAUAUAAGUUACAAGAUAAAACAAUAAGUGCUCCAGUAACUGCACAAAGCAAAAUAACAGACGACGAUGAUUAUAUUCCUGAAGCAGCACCACUAUCUAAACGCGUUCGACGUAAUUCGUCGGUUGAUAAAGAAAAUUUACCAGCAAAAAAAUAUUUCGAGGAAAUCUUAGAGAAAUGUGGUCUUCAAAUUCAGUAUGGAAGUUCACCACAUACGUUAACGAUACUCGGAAAAGAGCCUAUAAUUAUAGCAAAUGAACUACAAACACUUUUUAAGAAGUCUAAUAAAUCAAAUGAGAUGAUUGAAAAGUUUAUGAAAACUUUUGAGGAAUAUUGUAAAAAUGAGAAGUAUUUAAAAAAGGCUUUGUUACCAACACAGGUAGCCAGUUCAUCUGAUACGGACAUCAUUGUUGGAAUUCCUAAAGACAGUCUUAUUCGAAUUUUAUUAAAUGUCGACUUUCUACAAGAAAAAGUUAUUGAUUUUGUUUUAGAAAAAUUAAUGGAAUAUGCUCUUGAAGAGGAUGAUGAAAGUAACUGGACCAGAUUAUUUACACGACCAUUAGCGUUUUUACCAACUGUAAACAAUAGCCAUAAAUUAGCAACAAGUUUAUUAGAUUUAAUUGAAGUAGCUGCUGUUGAUAGUCAAAUGGAAUUGAUAACAAUAUUACCGGAUAUUUUACCAGAUCAUGAACAUGAAUUUGUUUCAAUUCGAUUAAGUGAACUAAUGAAGAAAAGCAGUGAAUUAAUACCGGCAAUAUUAGAAUGUUAUGGUCAUCUAACUUUAAAUACUGAAAAACAUAACGAAGUACGAAAACAUUUGUUGGCACUCAUACAAACUUCAAUUGCAGUUACACAUAUUCCAAUAUUAACACAAUAUUUGUUGAAUACUUGUCCUCAGUCCGAAAUGGUUGAGGUGAUUCAAGAAUUAAGAAAAACAUUAAUAGACACAACAUUGUUAUUAAAUACUCAAGAUGAAAAACAAUUAAGUUUAAUUAUGACUUUUUCUACAAUUCAAUUAGCAUUUAUGAAAUCAAAACCAUUAGCAAAUGCAUGGAUUAAAGUAAUCCUAAAUAUUAAAGAGCCAGCAGCACACAGGUCAACUGAUGUGAUGAUUUUAAUAAUUUUAUAUACAAUUGCUACACAUAAGAGGAAUACUGACAUUUACGCAUCAAGAUGCUAA